AUGUCCCCACCAAUAUCAAAAAACCCCCUAGAAAGGCCCGAGCCUACCCAUCCCCAACAUCCAAGUGUUGAAACGGAGGAAAGCCUGCGCAACCUAGGCAUUUCAGAGAGCCACACGCUCGACUAUAACUACCCAACCGUCGGGCAUGAUUCAAAUCCAGUUUUUCCCGAAGAAUAUACCAUCGAAACCAACACCGGACUUGUCCCUCAAAAAACCCUUGACCGGGUCCGAUCUCAUGGCUCGGCUUCAUCCACCCAGCUCGGCACACCCGCCAACGAACUGGACGCAGAUAUUGAAAAGGGAGGAAAUGGACCGAUAGAGUUUGUCACAUUCACAGUCAAUGACCCAGAGCAUCCUUACAACUGGUCUCGCGCGUACCGAUGGUACAUCACGAUGGUCGCUUCUACUCUAGUCGUCUGCGUCGCAUUCGGCUCAUCAGUCGUCACCGGAGGACUAGGUCUGAUUGAGGACCAAUACAAAGUUUCCUUGGAAGUCGCGAUCCUGACAUGUUCGAUCAUGGUCUGUGGCUUCGCCGUCGGCCCGCUGCUAUGGUCCCCGUUGUCUGAAAUCAUCGGACGCAGACCCGUCUACAUAAUCUCAUUGUUCCUAUACACCGUCUUCAACAUCCCUUGCGCCCUCUCACCCAACAUCGGUGGUCUUCUCGUUUGCCGAUUUCUGUGCGGUGUUUUCUCGAGCUCGGGACUUUCCCUAGCAGGUGGCACAAUAGCCGAUAUCUGGAGCAUUGAAGAGCGAGGUAUGGCGAUCGCUUACUUUGCCGCGGCGCCUUACUGUGGCCCAGUUCUCGGCCCAAUUGUUUCUGGCUGGAUCAAUGUCGGAUCUGGUCGUCUGGAUCUAUUUUUCUGGGUGAACCUUGCUUUCGCCGGCCUAAUCAUGGUUCUCGUCGGCCUGGUACCGGAGACCUAUGCACCUGUCAUUCUGAAGCGUCGUGCUGCUCGCUUGCGCAAAGAAACUGGAAACCCUAACAUCAUCACCGAGAUGGAAAGGACAAAGCCUACUUUCCGUGAUAUCGCACGCACAAGUUUGAUUCGGCCCAUCACGAUGAUCAUGACGGAACCAGUUCUUGACCUUAUGUGCAUGUAUAUUGUGCUCAUCUAUGCGAUGCUUUAUGCCUUCUUCUUCGCAUACCCGGUCAUCUUCGGAGAUCUCUACGGAUACAAUGAUGGUCAGAUUGGACUGAUGUUCAUACCUAUUCUCAUUGGCGCUGCUUUCGCCCUUGUCGCGACUCCGGUCUUUGAGAAACAGUUCCGAAAAAUUUGCAGCGCCAGGUCUCCGACCCCUGAAGAUCGACUUCUUGCGGCACUCGUCGGAGCGCCUUUCAUUACGAUCGCAUUUUUCAUCCUUGGUGCUACUUCUUAUAAGCACAUCAUCUGGGUAGGACCUGCUUCGUCUGGAAUUGCGUUUGGUUUCGGCAUGGUCCUGUGCUAUUAUGCUGUGAACAAUUACAUCAUCGACUCUUACCAGAAGUACGCGGCUUCUGCGCUGGCGGCCAAGGUCUUUCUGCGAUCCGGCGGUGGUGCUGCAUUCCCCUUGUUUACUACACAGAUGUAUGACCGUCUUGGUUUGCAAUGGGCCUCUUGGUUGCUGGCUUUCAUUGGUCUCGCCAUGGUAUUGAUCCCAUAUGUGUUUUGGAUGUUUGGCGCCAAGUUGCGGGCCAAGUAUAGCCGGGAGUAA